UUUUAACUAGAAAACAAAGCAAUUAACUUGCUAUGAUGGAUAAAAUUACACUGAUAAUACGAAUAUUAUUUAUUCAGUUAGUAAAUAUAAGUUAAUUGAAAGGUCACUUUCAUACUUUGCCCGUAUAAUACUUCAAGUCUCCUGUCCAGAGUCUUUACCCCCUUCCCUACUCCUCACCCACACACACACACUCAUUUCUAUCUUAUUCCAAUUACAGACCCUCCAACCCCCAAAACAAAACAAAAUAUGGAUUCUCUGAUCUUCAUUUCCCUGUUCAUUAUUGUUCUACAUGUAAAAGCACAGGCAAAUACAUGUACAAAUACAAAUAGUUGUUCGCCAAUUAACUGUGCAAAUGCCUCUGAUCUCAAUAUUCAGUUUCCUUUCAGACUUCAUGAAUUUCAGCUACACUGUAAGCAAAACAGGACCAUUCUUCAUUUCCCAUCUUAUGGGGAUUUAGUCAUUAAAUCUAUCUCUUAUGAUCUCAAGAAACUCGAAUUAAUCGACCCGAAAAACUGUGUCCAUGAAGUUUUCUUGAAUCUGAAUCUUUCUAACACCCCAUUUAGUUAUUACUAUAUCUUGAAGGAGUAUCAGUAUCUGAAUUGUUCAGCUGAAAUUUCAUCUUCUUUGUUGCAAGUCCCCUGCCUAAGCGGCAUUGGACAUCAUGCUUAUGUUGUGGAAACAUCAUUUGUUGUCCCAGAUUAUUGUAACCAUGUUAAGACUGUUGGAAUCCCAUUUUCAUAUAGUCCUUUCUUGUCUGAUAACACUUUUGGACUUGCAUUAACAUGGCACUUGACAAAUUCUCAUGAAGACAGUGUAGCAACAAAUUUUACAACAGGGCACUUUAAAGGACUCAAUGGGAUAACAAAUGAUACAGCCUUGGGGUGUAUUAUCCUGUUCAUUUUUAUUGUGGUGAUGCUGUUGAAGUUAUCUCAAUAUUCUAAGAGAGUAGAGGAGAAAGUGAAUCAGAAGGAACCUCAUGUUGAUGCCAUUUUAGGGAACUAUGAAGCUUUGAACAAAAUUGUGAUAAAAAAUUAGUAUUCAGAAUCAAAAUAUGUCCCAAAUAUAUGUGGAAACUUUUGGUGGGCUAUUGAUUAUCUUAUUUUAGGAUUAGGGGUAUGUUAUUAACCUUUUCAUGGUGCAAGUUUAUUGAUUAGACUACUUAAUAGCGUAUAUGCAAUCACUUACGGGGGCUCACUUAUGUUUUCUAAUCUAUCUAUAUAAAACUAUGUAAAUUGCUCGCGCUUCGUGCGAGAUAUUGAA